GAAAUCCUAAAUGUCUUUGAAAUCAACUCCAGUUACCACUGGCUCUCCACAAAACUAGGAAACUACAGCAGAAAGAAAACAACCAAUCAUAAAGAAGUGCAUAUGUUUCUGGUUUCAGAAUAACGCUGUGAUUGGCCAGUUAUUCGUCAAUGGGAGGUUUACACACGUUAUCUCAGAGGUCACAAGCAUGGCGCUGUCCGUGUUGAUAAUGCACACUAUGAGCCGGCUCAGUGAUUUUUAAAUGAACGUUUGGAUUAUUAACAGAUUUCGACCCACCGAAUUAGUGUUUUUCUGCUAAAUAAAGGUAUUACUGUAGUAUAUUUUGAAGAAUGUCCAGUUCAAAUGUUUGGACUCGCAGCAGAGCGAGAAUGAGACUCUUUCCAGAGCUGUUGGCUCAGUGUUCAGGAGAGGCAGCUGCUUAUGGUAAAUGUGUGUCCUCCACAACCACUGGCAAACAGGAGCUGACCAAAAACAUGUGUGUCAAAGAAUUUGAAGCACUGAAAAGCUGCUUUCAAUCAGCUGCAAAAAAGGGAGUAAAGUGAAGAACAUCAUGAAUAAAUAUCAUGUUAAUCUUGACAGUGUUGGAAAUCAUUAUAACUAGCUUGUGAAUCAUUUCUGCAGAUGAAUAUCUUUUAUGUUUUUUUAAUAGUAGCUCUUCUCUCUCUCUCUGUAAAUAUACGUAAAUAUAUAAUAAUGUGUUUCAAAUAAUUAUAUUGUGCAUAAAGCCACAAUAAAGUGUCUUUUUGUAAAAAGUGAAA